AUGAUCGAGUCCCCCGGCGCCGCCAAGCUCGCCGUCUCAUUCUACCGUUUCCCGCCGCGCGGCGUCCGUGGGUCAGCCGAAACAGUGGUGCGCGCCUCCGCCUACGGCAUCGACGAUGGCUACCUGGCGCGGGUUGACGAGGAGCUGCUGGUGAUGUGCCAGGUGGAGACGGCGGCGGGGCUGGCGGAGAUCGAGGCGAUCGCCGGCGUCGAGGGGGUUGACGUGGUGCAGAUGGAGCCGCUGGAUCUGAGAGCGAGCAUGGGGCAUCUGACUAAACAUGUGAUUGCUGAUAUGCAAAUCCUCAAGACACAUAAUUUAUACAGAACCAGCUGUAGUUAUAUUGCAUGA